AUAGAGGUUCUAGAAUACACUGGAGGUUACUGAGAGACAAAUGUUGUUUGUUUCAGCGAGAUAGAAAGAGGAGAUCAGGCAAUUAUUUCACCUGAAGGAAUUCAUUUUUGUCGGAGAAGAAGAAAGAGAUGUCAAUUUACGGGUGGAAAAGCAGCUUCUACGAUGAGGAUGAAGAAGAUCGCCCUGAAAAACCACGAACAUAUGGAGUCACAGAGAUGAGAGGACCUCAUUAUAGCUUUUUCACCCAAAAUGCCCUUCAGGAUAUCUUGGAGUAUGAAGGACAUUUCGUGGAUGGUUUGAAAUUCUGUGGUGGUUCACAUAGCAUGAUGACAAAGGGUUUUAUCAAACAAAUCACAGAAAUGGCUCAUAAGCAUAAUGUCUAUGUGAGUACUGGUGAUUGGGCUGAACAUUUACUUCGUCAAGGGCCAUCAGCUUUCAAGGACUAUGUGCAGGAUUGUAAGGAACUUGGGUUCGACACUAUUGAACUUAAUGUGGAUUCACUUAAAGUUCCUGAAGAAGCUCUAUUGAGAUUUGUUCGCUUGAUUAAAGGUUGUGGGCUCAAAGCUAAACCUCAGUUCACUGUGAAAUUUAACAAGUCAGACUUACCGGUUGACGGUGACAGGGCUUUUGGGGCAUAUAUUUUUCCUGUUCCACGAACAUCUGAAAUAGUUGAGGACACGAACUUGUUAAUCAGAAGGGCCGAGAGAUGCUUGGAAGCAGGAGCUGACAUGAUCAUGAUUGAUGCUGACGAUGUGUGCAAAUAUGCUGAUUCUUUGAGGGCAGACAUUGUUGCUAAAAUUGUAAGUCGUCUCGGACUUGAGAAAACCAUGUUCGAGGCAUCAAAUUCCAAGAUCUCAGAGUGGUUUGUCAAACGUUAUGGACCUAGGGUGAAUCUUUUCGUGGACCAUUCGCAGGUGAUGGAUCUCGAAUGCCUUCGUGGAGGUAGCCUGGGUAAAAAUCAACAAUCCCGUCUUGGUUCAUCGUAUUUUUUGCUCUGAAAUGGUAGCCUCCACAGGUGGUUUAGUUCAUUUUACAUCUACUGUAUUGUUUGUAGUGUGUAUGCCUAUUAUGUCAGUGAAAAGAUGUUCUUGUUCUUACUGGGUAAUUGGGCUGGUCAUGUUAUUCUUAAUUACUUAAUGUACUACUUCCCUGGCUAUGGGUAACGUUACUGGACCAUCCUUUUCUUCCUUGGAAACUGCGAAAUGGGUUUAAUGAAUGCUAUAUUAUUGUGUCAAGUAGAAACAAUGUGACACGGUUCGGAAAGCUUUUGACCGAGUUCUGUUUAUGCCAGUCAUCAGCCUGUGUUAAUUGAUUUACUUUUAUUUUGUGCA